AAGUCAAAUGAAGAAGAAGAAAGGAGCAGAUAAAAGGAUCCUCCCUCCACCGGUUUGAAGAAGCGAAUCGAAACAAAAAGCUAAUAAAGAAGAAUUGAAAUCGAAUCGAAAUCAAAAGAGAAGAAGAUGGGAAUAGUGGGGAAUCUGAAUCCAGAGCAACUCCAAUCCUUCCAUUCUCAAGGCUAUUUGGUGAUCGAGUCUUUCUCGAGUCCUGAAGAGCUGGAGUCCAUGAUUAAGAGGAUGGGCCACCUACUUGACGGCUUCGAUUGCUCCUCCACUGCUUCCGUUUUCUCUUCCAAGAACCAGAAGCAGCUAACGGAUGACCACUUCUAUGAUAGUGUAGAGCGAAUUUCCUUCUUCUUCGAGGAGAAGGCAUUUGGGGACGAUGGAAACUUGAAGCAGUCAAAGCAACUCUCAAUUAACAAAGUUGGCCACGCUUUACACGAGAUAGACCCAGUAUUUACAAAAUUCUCUCGCUCUGAGAAAAUCUCAAGUCUGCUUUCUUCUUUGGGUUACAAGCGGCCAGUGAUCAUUCAGUCAAUGUAUAUAUUUAAGCAACCAGGUAUUGGAGGAGAAGUGGUACCACAUCAGGACAACUCAUUUCUGUAUACAGAACCUGCAUCUUGCACUGGGUUGUGGUUAGCACUGGAGGAUGCGACCAUCACUAAUGGUUGCCUCUGGGCCAUCCCUGGAUCCCACAAGAAUGGGCUUGUGAGGAGGUUCAUUAGAGAUGAAGAUGGGGUUCACUUUGAUCGUCCUUCCCCAUCGUUUGAUCAUAAAGAUUUUGUGCCCAUUGAAGUGAAAGCCGGCUCAUUGGUGGUCCUUCAUGGUGAUCUUAUACAUCAAAGUUUUGAAAACCAAUCCUCAAAAUCAAGACAUGCCUUCAGCUUGCAUGCGGUGGAAACUGAUGGCUGUGUAUGGGCACUAGAGAAUUGGAUGAGAAGAAAAGUGGAGCCGGAACCACUUUAUGUUUCUUGAUUGGCAGUCUGUUUGUUUCAUCCCUUAAGAUGAAGUUUGCUUUCUAGGCAUGUGAAAUGACGUGAGAAGAUUCAAAUCUUCAUCAACAAUAGUGUUCCCUGCCAUCACUGUAACAAACUGCAUUCUCCAAGACGAGUUCAUACUUCCAUGCACAGACUUUCUUUGAGGAUGUUUGGUUUGUUUUAUCAUAUGUACAAAAGUUGUGUGAAUGCUAGCAUGCUUGUUGGACUUGUACAUCAAAAAUACAUGUUAUUGUUUAUAGUUUAUACUUCAUGUGGAAUGAGAGAUUGGAAUUGACAGA